GCGGCUCACACGAUGGUGCUGAGUGUAGGUAAGUCAUAGCGACAGCACUUGAGUCGGUCUGUGGAGGGGGUGCAGAAGGACCGCGUACUCGUCCGCUCCCGAUACAUCGAGGUCACCGACGCAAUUGGUUUGUUUCCCGAAGCCGGGUUUACAGUGCCUUCCCUUUAAUCACUCGAAGCCACUCGCGACGCACCACUGUCUACGGGCAGAAUUUAAAGCCGGACUCGUGCGCCGAUGACCAUCUGCAGUCGUCCGUCGACGACUGGACAUGUCGACUGUACGGAGGCAGCUUCGUGAAUCCUCAUCGUCUUGCCGUACAAUCAUCCAUACCCGAUCUGAGCCGCAUCUCCACCAUCCUUACGUGUGGACCGUACCAGGAGACGGCCGGAUCCACGCCCUGCAACGCUAUGCAACUACGACAGCACAUAGCACCCAAGCACGGUGAAGGCGCAGCAGCUAGCGCCGGCAACUGCCGGUCAAAUGCAAACACAGGAUAGAACUGGCAAGAGCUGUUCGUGCUCUGAGUCGCCGGCGGGUACUGUAUGUGCACAUUAUCGGGCUGUUCUGCCCUCUGGCCGAUCGCCGCUCUGAGUGCACAGCUAGAGGAUUGCGUCCAUAGAAAUUCUCAUCAUUCAUCCCAAGAACUGGUCUUCUUGUUUGCGUGCCGGAAGCCCCGGUUCUAUUUUUGUACUAAUGCUGCCGCUUGUACGAGCCACGUCAAGGGGCUCGCCGACCCAAGCUACUGAGGGUCUCGGAUCUUCAUACUGACGGAGGAUUCCCGCUUUUGGAUUCGUUCUCAACGGGGACAGAAGAUUUACUGGAUCAAUUACGCCCAGGUACACGCCUAGUGGUUGCGUGGAGGUUCAGAGUCCACGCGUUAUGCCUUCCAUGGAGAUCGACUCCAGGAAGCCUGGACGUGGGUUUUCCGACGGCUUCCCUUCAAUCUGUGUUCCUUAGGUGAGACUGCUUCUGCAUUCGGGGUUAUCUUGCUGGUUUCCGAAUGACCGGAAUCGCCUGCUGACAUACACUCAGAGUUUCAUCAGUACUCCCGUUCAUGUCAACGUGACAUACCAAGGGCACACUCCGAUCAGCAAGCGAACCUGCGACUACC